AUGUCUGUCUUGUUAGAGACGUCCCUGGGCGACAUUGUCAUUGACUUAGAAGUGGAUGCAUGUCCUAAAACAUGCCAAAACUUCCUCAAACUGUGUAAAGUCUACUACUACAACCUGAAUGCUUUCUUCAAUGUCUCCAAGGAUUUUUUGGCGCAAGCUGGUGACCCAACAGCGACGGGUACAGGAGGCGAGUCCAUCUGGUCUUUGAUUGCCUCGCAGCAAGGAAAACAAGAGCCCCGCUACUUCAGUCCCGAGUUUGUUCCGCGCUUGAAACACAAGGCGAAGGGAACUGUGUCUAUGGCGGUUGCCCCGUCCAUCGAAGGACAGAGCAAAGGUGGCUGCGGUAGUCAAUUCUUCAUCACGCUCGCGGAUGAUAUCGACUACCUCGACGGGAAGCAUGCCGUGUUCGGCCAUGUUGUGGAGGGACUAGACACGCUCGACCAGCUGAACGACGUUUUCACGGACCAGGAUGGGAGACCUCUUAAAGAUGUAAGGAUAAGGCAUGUCGAGAUCUUGGACGACCCGUUUGAGGACCCUUCAGGACUUGUAGUGCCAGCAUCGGUGCCCACUCGUCCGCCAGACAACUCUACGCGCAUUGCGGAAGAUGAAGAUCCGCUCGCCACAUUGCCUGAAGAGGAGGCAGAAGCAGAACGCCGGAAGCAGGCUGCGCGUGCUGCAGCAUUGACGUUGGAAAUGGUCGGCGAUCUCCCCUUUGCCAACGUUCGUCCCCCAGAGAAUGUCCUUUUCGUAUGCAAGCUUAAUCCGGUCACCCGCGACGAAGAUCUAGAGCUCAUAUUCUCGCGCUUCGGACCGAUCAUGAGCUGCCAAGUAAUCCGGGACAAGAAGACGGGUGACUCUCUACAGUAUGCAUUCAUUGAAUUUGACAAGCGAGAGGAUGCUGAACAGGCGUAUUUCAAGAUGCAGAAUGUAUUGGUCGACGAUAGGCGCAUCUGGGUAGACUUCUCCCAGUCUGUCUCCCGCCUCAACUCUACGUGGUCGAAUAAUCCCAAGAUGGGGCCUCGUCUCACAAAGGGCAACAAGACGCGAGGGCCCAGCGGGUACGGCGGAAUAGAUAAUUUAGAGGCUACACGGCGGUAUAGGGAAAGCUCGACCGGUGAGGAUGCCGGUUAUGGGCUGGUCUUUGACGUGCCGGACAACGCGCACAGCCGACGCCGCCGGAGUAGAACUCGUAGUAGAUCACCACAUCGAGAGCGCUCCCAAGACCGGAGGAGACGUUCCAGGACACCUCGUCCGGGAGGCCGGGGCGCAGAGCGAGAUCGUGACCGCCGCAGAAGUCGCAGCAGGGACAGACGCUCGAAAGAUCGGUAUGACCACCGCCGGUGAGGGGAAGUUGUUUGUGGCUUCGGCGUUCUGUGCAACUCUGUUUCAGUCUUCUCCUUCACCGUGCGUUGCAUUGUAUCAUGUUCCGGUGGUGUUGCCACUAGCAGUGCUUACGACUGAGCUGUCAUACCU